UCAGUCUUGUGUCGGUGAGUCUGGAUGCAGUCGGUCGUGAUGCUGAAGCGGAUCUGUCUCACGAACUAACACAAGGAGGCGCGUAAAUCCUCUGUGCGUCUCCGCCGCGCCAUGCCUCUCCUCCUCCUCCACCUCCUCCUCCACCUCCUCCGUCUUGGAUGAACUUUCUGCACGCGGAGAUCAUGAAGACGACGCGGAAAUGUCGCGCGCUGUUGUCCGUGGGUCUGAACCUGGUGGCCCUGUUCUUCUCCACCACCGCCUUCAUCACCACGUACUGGUGCGAGGGAACCCAGCGGGUCCCCAAGCCCAACUGCAGCAAGCAGCGGCGCCACAACUGCAUCGACUACGGCGUGAACGAGACGGACCAGAACAAGGUGCACUACAGCUGGGAGACCGGGGACGACCGCUUCCUCUUCCGCCGCUUCCACACCGGCAUCUGGUACUCCUGCGAGGAGAACAUCCAUGAGGCAGGUGAGAAGUGUCGGAGCUUCAUUGAUCUCGCCCCGGCGUCGGAGAGAGGUGUGUUGUGGCUGUCGGUGGUGUCAGAGGUGCUCUACAUCCUGCUGCUGGUGGUCGGCUUCAGUCUGAUGUGUCUCGAGCUUUUCCACUCCAGCAACGUCAUCGACGGCCUGAAACUCAACGCCUUUGCCGCCGUCUUCACCGUGCUGUCCGGUCUUCUGGGUAUGGUGGCCCACAUGAUGUACACUCAGGUGUUCCAGAUCACGGUCAGUCUGGGUCCUGAAGACUGGAGGCCCCACAGCUGGGACUACGGCUGGUCAUUCUGCAUGGCGUGGGGUUCCUUCACCUGCUGCAUGGCCGCCUCCGUCACCACCCUCAACUCCUACACGAAGACGGUGAUCGAGUUCAGACACAAGCGUAAGCUGUUCGAGCAGGGCCUGCGCGAGGAGCAGAACUACCUGGACCAGGAAGCCUUCCACUACUUCCGGGACCGUUCGCUCCAAUCCAUCUCCAGCACUGUGGAGGUCUACCCCGGACACGGAGCAACCAGAGCCGGGCUUGUAGUCGGGGGCUCGGGUCCAGGUCCAGGACCGGGUCCGGGUCCAGGUCACGGACGGAACAAGAUGAGAGCCACGUCAGCUUCCAUAGACCUGGGGGAGAAUACAGACUCUCUGGGGGAGGAGCAGUGCUGAGUCAUCCACGUUAACGUAAGGGUCAUGGGGGGAUGAGAUGAUGAGGUGGACCGCUACUGAGGUCAGAACUGGACUCAGGUUCUGCCUCCGAACACGAAAGCACAGCAGCCCUUAUUUUCAGUUUGAAGAAGAAUAACUGGACAAGAAGACACGGAUAAAUGAUACGGAUAUGUUGUUUAUGUGUUACAUAGAAAUGAUUUAAAAUGUGAAAACAGAUGUGGGAGUUCAGAUUCUUCGUGGACAGACAGCAGCAUAUUUAAAAAGGUGCCAUGUGUAGUAUUUUAACAUCCAUAUUAUCAGCCUUGAAACGUUAGUGUGGGUCUGUGGAAGUUUUUUCAACAGCUGAAGAGUCGCGUAACAGUAGCAAAAAUACCAAACAAAGCAAAUUUUUGCAUGUUGAGUUUACUCACGGGAUCAUUUGUGUUGAAACAUUUGGCCUUAAUCUUGCUGAGAUAACUACACAAUGACUGUGGUAACUGAUGCUGGAGGCUCAUUGUAACCAACUGUAGAGAUGACAUAAGGGAGAAACCAACGAUUUCAGUGAGGUGUUAUGCAUGCUGUUAUACCGGAAAAACAUCUUGUAUGCUGAGAAUUUAACUUGAAGGAGAUGCUCGUUCAUCUUGAAUAUUAACAUGGAGAGUCGACCACAGGAUUUUGAAGAGAGACAAAGGUUUUUCAGCAUGUCGUGGCCGUCAGAAGAACUGCAGCUUAACUUAUUUUCCAGUCUGGAUCCAUCAUGUCAUCAUGGGACCAAUGAAGCAGCACGAUCGGCCUCGGGGCAGGAAACUGACAAACAGAAAAUAUUACACAUAGCACUUUGAGACAGGUCACGUCGAGGCUGUGUCCUGUUCCUGACACUGCCGUGUCGAUCUUGCUGAGUUUAAUGACAAAAUGUUUGAUUAACAUCUCCGGCAGCUUCGUUUUUGUAUUUCAUUCUUGCUUCAGGUCGAGUUGUGGAAAGAGUAAAGCCUUUAACGUGACACAGAGAUGAAUAUUUUCAAAUGUUUCCUGCAGCGAACUGUAAAAAGCUGCAUGACCUUUGCUAAUGAGCUUCAAUGCUAACAGAUCGUGGACCCUUCCAUCAAAUUAAAGUUGCAGACCGUCAUUUAAUUUCUCUCCCACAAUUACGACACACUGGGCCUCAUGCAAGUCCUUCACUAACAAAUUUAAUCUAAAGGUGCCCCGUGGACUCUUCCUCCAAACAAACAAAUGUAUAUUUACAUUCAGUGUUUCUCCCCUGAAAUGAAUCGUCUCUGUCCUGGAGGCCUAACAGACUCCGUUUAUUGCAAUCAAAACAUUUGUUCAUUUUGUAGAAAGACAGAAUGAGGCAAAUAUUUACUGCACAAAUGAUUCAGCAAGUAACACGAGGCGAAGAUGUGCUUCACGUUUGGGGGGAACAAUUUUAUUGUGUUAUUUGUGCAUUGAUUGAAAAGAUUCAGGUUGCAGGUGUACGACAAGUUGUGCAGUUAAGAGAUGAUUCUUGCACGAGGCCCAUUGUCUUCAUAUUUAAACGUAGGGGAGGAACAGUCCGUUCACAUGCAGGAGUUUGAAGUGGCUUCGGGCAGAUAUUGACACAGUGCACCCUUGAAUGAAUUAUUAGAGCACAAAGCUGACUAUAAAGGCUUUCACUCUCGUACCAAACUUCAAUCUUAUCCAUAAAACAUAUUUCGUGUUACAUUCUGUUUGUCGGCAGGCCAAGUAUGUGACUGACAGCCCCAUCACCCGGAGGUCAGAGGGUCAGUUAAUGUGCUGCACCGUCACAGCGUCCUUGGGGAGCCUGCCGAACCUCCGGCUGCUGCAGGGAACCAUUCACCUCUGACCUCUGUGAAAAUUAACUGCAUGAAUGUACUGUAUGUGGGUCUCAAAGGGGACGUACGUCACACACAGGAAAUAAAUCCUAAUAGUAACUCUGGAUUUCAGAAAGAAAGAGCGCGAGUGGCUGAUGCUCAUGGAUCACUGAGCGGACUCUGCAGCGCUGUUUCCUUUCAGCUAUGAAGUGAAUUUGUAAAAGAUAAUCUAUGAAUGUCUCUCUGUUUGGUCUGUUAGGUAGAGAAUCGCUGACCUGAAUGAAAGAACAUAUGUGGUCCAAGUUUCUCUUGCAGGAACUUAACAACUUGAAACCUGGAGCUUCAUCCAACAUGAACUUUAAGACCCGCUGAGGCUUUGGGUGCAGUUGGAGUACCAUUUAUACCAACUACUAACUAAAGGUGUUAUUCAGCAGCAGGUGGUCGAUAUUUUCACAAAGAACCUCUAGGAUCUUAAAAAUACUCUUUAUUGAAGAUGUCGAUAUUUGAUAUUGUUUGUGUAGGGAGCUCGGGGUGUUGUGAUAUUCCAGCCAUUUAAAUUCAGUUUUAUUCAUAUAGCGCCAAAUUAUCUCAUUUUGUAUAAAUCGGGUACAGGUCCUCCUUUAUUUUACUUACAGAGACCCAACAACUCCCACCAUGAGCGAGCACUUGAUAAUAGUGGCAAGGAAAAACUUCAUUAUUUCACAUAAGUUUACUCAUGAUAACGGGUCAGUCAUGCCGUUAUCUGGAGAUAAAGCUUGUUUUUCAAGAUAACUACAUAACUUGAGAUUAACAUAACAUUAUAAAUUAUAAAAAUAAAUGUAAGCCUUGCUGUCCUCAGCUUCUGUAAAACACAACCUGAAUGCUGGGAAAUGUAGUUAAACUCUUCAGAACCUCCCAAACAUUUACUAAAGUGUAAAGUAAAGCAGCCAAACAUGCAUGUCAGAUCUGAAUAUCGUCUGUACAUCGAAACAUCUUACAUGACAUGUUUCAUCUUUUACUUUGGUUUAAUGAGCUAAUAUCAGCAAUGUUUCAUGUAAUCCAUUAACAACAACAAAUAAUGUCCUGAGAAAUAACCCAUAGAUGAGUCUUGUCUGGAAUGUUUAAAGGUAUUUAAAUUUGCUGUCAGUCUAUAGACGGACAGAAAUCUCAGCUCCUGCUGUGGUCACCACAGUUUCUCCUGGGUUCUUGCAGUGUGCAAUGACUGGGAAUACUCUGUUAUGUAAGGCGUGCUGGAUUGUAACCUGCAGUAUUAAAUUGGCUGAGAGUUGAUGACGUAAUCCAAAUACAAGUUCUAAGUCUUCGUGCUGCCUGUCUGUAAACUGGUGGUUUGUGGCAGGUUGUCAAUCUUCUGUACGCAGAUGUAAACAUGCUGGUGACAACUGAAAAUAUUCUGUUUGAAUGUAUUUGCUUAUAUAUAUUUAGUAUAAGUAUUACACAUCAUGUUUCUUGUCUUUUUUCUGACUGAUUCAAUUUAUUUUCUGAACAUUCCCAGUGUCCUUGAGGUCAAAGAUAACCCGCCUUCAUACUGCAACUAAAACUUUAACUGGUUAGCAUCCAACAGUUUUCUUUUCUCAUGUCUAAUGUUGAGCAUCGCAGCCUCAUUAGGGCAAUAGAAAAUCAUACAUCAACAGAGGAGGAGGCCUCAGACACCACCCACACCUCCAAUGCUGUCCUUUCAGCCUCAUGUGACUCCAACAACCAUCGUC